GUGUGAUGAGGACUACACACUGUGAUCUCCCCUUGUGAAUGUGUGCCUCUCUCUCUCUCUCUCUCUAUCUGGACUACCGUAACUCGACACUGACGCAGCCAUGGGUGGAUUACCUCGUACUGUUCUGGUGUUCGUUUUGGUCUUCGUCGCCGCUAAUCCCAUCCUCCACCUUCAAGCCUUCAACCAGUUCCUCAGGACCUUCUCCAAAUUCAACCACUUCAACAAUGGGAUCCCUGGGGCAGUUCCUGUAACUACCCAGGGAAGCAUCAGUGACGGCGUUGGUGGUGGUGACGAGAGUAGUGGUGGUGAUAGUGGUGAUGAUAUAGACAGCGGUGAAUUUGUUGGUAUUGGGAAGGUAGACAUAGGUAGUGCGGCAGUUCGUGGUGGUGGUGAUGGGAUGAUACAAGGGUUCAGGAACAGCAACAGAAUGAGAAACGUUAACAGUGGAGUUGGUGGUGGAGGCUUCGGUGGUGGGAGUGGAAGCAGUGGUGGAGGUAACAGACGAAGCCUAGCUUGGAGAGGCUUCAACGUCGGUAGUAGUGUACGACCCAGCUUCGUGAGGAGUAACCGAGUGAGAAAUGCCAACAGAGACACUGAUGUGAGGACUGUCAGAGGCAGGGAGGGUAGUGCUGAUGGAACCUUUGGUGGCGCCAGUGUUGGUAAUGAUGGCAGGGGCUUUAGUAGUGCAAGUGUUGGUACUGCCGGAAAUGGCUUUGGUGAUGCAAGUUUUGGUACUGUUGGUAGAGACUUUAGUGGUGCAAGUUUUGGUACUGCUGGUAGAGACUUUAGUGGUGCAAGUUUUGAUAAUGCUGGCAGAAGGUUUAGUACUGCAAGUGUUGGUAGUGGUGCUAGAAGAGACACUGGUGGUAGUAGCUACUCUGAUACCCGUUCAAGUACUGCUGUCAGAGGCUUCGGUAAUGCAAAUGGUGGUAAUACUGGCAGUGGCUUCAGUGGUUCAAGUGGUGUCAAUGCUGUCCGAGUCUUUAGUAGAAAGAAUACAGGGUUUGGUGGCAACAGUAGAGCCAAUGCCAACAGUGACGUGAGUGUGGAGAGUAGAGGUGGUGGUGACAGAGCCUUUGGUGGUAAUGGUAUAGAACAGCUGGUGGAAGAAAACAAAGGCAGAAGUAUUGGCGCUGGUGCUGUUGGAAGGAGCGGCUAUGGUAGUGGAGGUGGUGGUGGAGGAGGGGGAGGCUGGAGUCUCGCAUCUGCCGUGGCUGGAGGUGGAAUACCCGGUCAAGACUACCCAAUCCUCGCCUCAGUGCCCAACACCGGGUUCUCCUGCAUUGGUCAGGUGCCGGGGUAUUACGCGGACACCUCCCCAGACGCCGGCUGUCAGGUGUUCCAUAUCUGUCAGGUAGGAGGGAGGAAGACAUCGUUCCUGUGUCCAAACGGCACCAUCUUCAACCAGCAGUUCUUCGUGUGUGACUGGUGGUUCAACUUCGACUGCACCACCGCUGAUCAGUUCUACGACCUCAACAAUGAGAUCGGGAGAGUACCUAGUAGAGGGGGAGGAGGAGACGAAUCAUUGGUAAAAUCUCACACAUAA